AUGAAAGAAAAUAGGCGCCCCUUACUUAUGCUGCUUUUCAAGGAGAUCUACACAUACCGGAAUGAGUCGCCUCUCUGUGCUGCCUCAGAGAUAGGAUACUUUGAAGUUACGAAACUCCUGCUGAGACACAAACCCCGGCCUAACAUCAACUUCAAAACCUAUAAGGGACGUACUGGACUUUCUCUGGCGGCUUCCUGUAGACGUGAGCAGGUCGUCAUGCAACUCUACAAGGACCCUCAGGCACGAAAUGGCAGUAAUUUGAAAAGGGCCAUUAAAGCAGCUUCUAGCUCUAAAAUUACGCAUCAUCUGCAGGCUUACUUAGUUGAGCAAGGUAGCUUUUGCGCUUAA